ACAUUGAAUUUCCUUUUUUUUUUUGAUUUAACUGAGAAAACGCGAACGGCGUUGUUGUUCGUUCAUCUUCCCGGCGUAGUUCACCACCGGCGACAAUUGCUAAGGUUUCUGAAGGGUUCCGUGUUAACAUCGAAUGUGUUCGAACUGCAAGCAACCAAUUUCAAGUGGGUGAUUGUGUGUGUGCUUACAUUAUCUAAAAUCAAACCAUGUCAGAUUCUGGUGAACCCAAACCGUCUCAGCAAGAAGACGAAUCUCAACCUCAACCUCAACCCCAACCUGCUGGGCAAGAAUCUCAGUCUCAACAAGUGUGCACUUUCUUCAAGAAGCCAACUAAAGCUAAGAACAUUAGGAAAAGAACUGUUGACGCAGAUGAGGAAGACGGAGAUUCCAAAAGCCAUACUUCUAUAUUACAAAAUCUAAAGAAAGUUGCGAAACCCGACAGCAAGCUAUUCUUUUCCUCUGGACCAUCUAAGAGCUCUACUACAACGAGUGAAGCUCCUGAGAAACCCGUCUUUCACUACGAUUCAUCCAAGGAAAUCCAGGUUCAAAACGACAGUAGGGCAACAGCAACCCUUGAAACCGAAACCGACUUCAAUCAAGACGCACGAGCUAUCCGUGAGCGAGUUCUCAAAAAAGCAGACGAAUCAUUGAAAGGGAAUAAGAAAAAGGCUUCAGAUGAGAAGCUGUACACCGGAAUUCAUGGAUAUACAGAUCACAAAGCUGGGUUUAGAAGAGAACAAACAAUCUCGAGCGAGAAAGCUGGAGGCUCACACGGGCCACUGAGAGCUUCUGCUCACAUCAGAGUGUCGGCUAGAUUCGAUUACCAGCCAGAUAUAUGCAAGGAUUACAAGGAAACCGGAUACUGUGGAUAUGGAGAUUCGUGUAAGUUCUUGCAUGACCGUGGGGAUUAUAAACCGGGAUGGCAGAUAGAGAAAGAAUGGGAAGAGGCAGAGAAAGUUAGGAAGAGGAAUAAAGCUAUGGGAGUUGAGGAUGAAGAUGAUGAGGCUGGCAACGAUAGCGACGAAGACGACGAUGCACUUCCCUUUGCUUGCUUCAUUUGCAGGGAGCCUUUCGUUGAUCCAGUUGUCACCAAAUGCAAGCAUUACUUCUGCGAGCAUUGUGCUUUAAAGCAUCACACGAAGAACAAGAAGUGCUUUGUGUGUAACCAACCAACAAUGGGGAUUUUCAAUGCAGCACAUGAGAUCAAGAAGAGAAUGGCUGAAGAACGUAGUAAAGCUUAAGCUUGAAGGAUUGUGAAGUUUUUUCAUAAGCCGAAGCUCUUUUUGUUUGAUGUACUCAUUUAGCCCAUAUUGUGAUGGUCUUUAAAUAUUGGGCCUUGUUUGGCUCAUCUAAAUUUAAGUUUGGUUCUUUAGUCAAUUGGUUGAAAGUUGAAACAGUCAAAGUUAGAUUAAACCAGUACAAUGAAUGUUUCAGUGUGACUCUGAUGACAUGAUAAACUCGUAACUUUUUUACUUCCAGCAUUA